UCUUUUGCCUACACCAUGACCGAUGUCCAGCACGCCCAAAUGCCUGCCUUUCAUCUGCGGAAUUGCAAAUACUUCGACAGCGAUGGCACGACGAGAUUGAGCUACAGCACGAUCGACUCGCCAAGACAUAUCUCGCCGGGAUUGCGCGGCGACGGGCGAAGUAUGACGAAAGUGGAGGCCACGCUGCGCCAGAAACACGACCUGCAGAUCAUCGUGAAUAGCUGAACGGUGGCAGUAGCGCGGCUUUCGGCGCCGCUGGUGCCAUGAUGGAAAGGCUGUUUUGGAGCCGCAAUGGUCCUGACUUUGGUGGCUUGCUGCUCAUUUUCUGCCUCCGAGGAGCUCUUCCAUGCUGUCUCUCUCUCAUUGAUUUGGUGAAGUAGCACGGCAAGGAGUUGGGCGUUGUUUGUACAGCGACAGAGAUGCUUUCCAACGCCAUCUGGCUGCUAUGUCUGGCAGCAGCAGGAGCAAGAGCACAGGAGGAGUCGAACACGGAAACAUCCUCGCCAUCCACGACCAGCAGCGCAUCACGGACACGAACCGGCACCGCCUCUGAGUUCUCCUUCACCAAUUCGUACAUCACCCUCACCGGGAGCGAUGUGCCCACCUUCACCUUCACGGGCUCUCAGUACACAUAUCUGCUAGUCACCGGCCAGAGCACCGUCACUAGAACUGCAACCGCAUCACAGACCGGGACUACGAACGGGACAUCAACUUCAACCAAUUCUCAGAUCACGGCAUCGACACGUUCGAUAGAACUCACGCAGAUCGGCGGCAGUGCAUCCCCCACAAACGGAACUUCCAACAGCACAGCAAGCUCCACCAGUUCAGCAGCACGACCCACAAACACCGUCCCUUGCAAUGGCUGGCCCGAGUUCUGCACGCGCAAGUACUCAAACAUCUCCAUGAUCACAUCCCACAACUCCGCAUUCGUUGUCCCCAACAAUGCCGCUUCUAACCAAGAGCUGCCCAUCCUCACCCAGCUCAACGAUGGAGUACGCAUGCUCCAGGGUCAAGUUCACUGGGUCAACGAGACGCUUUACAACUGCCACACCUCUUGUGAUCAGCUCAAUGCUGGAACUUUUCAAUCCGAGCUGGAGCUUAUUCGCGGCUGGCUCCAAGACCAUCCCUACGACGUCCUGACCAUGCUCAUUGGUAACAGCGACUUCACUGAUGUCGAGAACUUCGUGCCCGCCUUCACCAACGCCGGCCUCCUGCCAUACCUCUACGAGCCGGCUUACAUCCCCCAAUACCGCGAACAAUGGCCAACGCUCGGAGAAAUGAUCCUCGGCAACAACCGACUCGUUGUCUUCAUGGACUACGAUGCUGACCAGUCCCGUGUCCCCUACAUCUUGGACGAAUUCUCUCACAUCUGGGAAACUCCCUUCUCGCCCACAAACCAGUCUUUCCCCUGCGAUGCCCAACGCCCGCCUGAUCUCAACGAGACUCUUGCUCGAGAUCAAUACAUGUACCUCGCCAACCACAACUUGAACGUUGCGGUCGACUUGUCAAGUAUUGGGAUCGCAACAGGCGACGAGGCGAUCUUGAUUCCGAACACAGCGGAACUGAAUUUGACAAAUAGUCAGGAGAUUGUCUUUGGAGCUCUGGGAAAGAUGAAUGUUGACUGCACUCAACAAUGGGAUCGCCCACCAAACUUCAUGCUCGUCGAUUAUUACAACUACGGUUCUCCUGAACCGGGCUCAGUCUUCCAUGUCGCUGCCGCGGCGAACGGUGUUCAAUAUACCAGAGAAUGCUGCGGACUACCAGACUCUUCCGGCACCAUGGUUGAGACGAGUUUCGUCGUAAUGGCAGGCGCUUUCUUGUUUACCUUGCUUCUUCUGUAAAGAGUUAUCAUGACUUGCAUAGAGCAUUAGCGUGGAGAUCUUUGGUCCUUGGAUAUUAUGGUCCGCAUGAGAAAUGAUGAAAAAGGCGUUUUUGUACAAAUUCGAUGUAUAUUGUUCGUAGUAUAGAAAGACAACAGAACGUGCGUGAAGGUGAUGCAUGCACGGAGCCUAGUUAGGACAUUUCUUUCGCAUCCAAUUUCUCAAUUUUCAAUUUCAAGGAACUUUCCUGGAACAACAAAAUCCGGCAUGCCGACCAGACAGCUUUCUGUUCUCGAACCACUUUGAUAGAACUGAGGUAAAU